CUAGCCUUCCUCAUGUAACUCGACGAGUUGUCGCGUUACCCUCACUCUUUCUCGAACCGAAAGCUCAGAUUAAGCAGCCUCCGGAGCUCGAUUCAGAUCCGCUAUGGCUCCUGUUGGUCCUCGAUCCGGCGACGCAAUCUUCGCUAGUGUUGAACGCGUAAAUGCGGAGCUGUUUACCCUGACGUACGGGGCGAUUGUGCGCCAGUUGCUUACAGAUCUGGAGGAGGUUGAAGAAGUGAAUAAACAACUGGACCAAAUGGGCUAUAAUAUAGGAAUUCGACUGGUUGAUGAGUUUCUAGCGAAGUCUAAUGUCUCCAGAUGCAUUGACUUCAAAGAGACCGCUGAAGUAAUUGCUAAGGUUGGUUUUAAAAUGUUCUUAGGGGUCACUGCAUCUGUAAGCAAUUGGGAUGCUGAUGGUACAUGUUGCAGCAUCAUCUUAGAGGAUAAUCCUCUGGUAGACUUUGUUGAGCUCCCUGAUACAUGUCAAGGUCUAUACUAUUGCAACGUAUUGAGUGGAGUCAUCAGAGGAGCCUUAGAGAUGGUGUCAAUGAAGACUGAAGUUACAUGGGUCCGUGACAUGCUUCGAGGGGAUGAUGCAUUCGAGUUGCAGGUGAAACUUUUGAAGCAAGUUCCCGAAGAGUACCCUUACAAAGAUGACGAGUAACAUAACCAACAAAGCUCGAAUGUUAUUUGUACACAAUACAUGAUUCUUGUUUCAUCUUUGUUUCCCAAAUAAUAGAAUGCUAGUGGUAACUUGGUUUGACACUUGACACCAGUUAACAUUAUAGGGUUGGAUGAAGAUUAUUUGUAUCACAGCUGGGGUUGACCGGGGCAGACUCCUUUUUUUCCCUCUCCUAUUAAAUGUAUAUCCCUUCUUUA